GUUCCAACGACCGCCACUCAAGACGCGCACAUUCGUCGGCGGAAACACCGAGGUGCGCUACUGAGCUGAUGUUAAUAACGCUGGCCAAGCCUGCUUAGUAUCGUCGUUCUUUUCUACCGUCGCGGGCGUUCGACCGAUUGUGUUGAAGAAGCUCGUCCCGUCCAUCCUCGCAAACCUUGACGAAAAUGUCCAAGGAUCCGAUCCGCGUACUGGUAACCGGGGCUGCGGGCCAGCUGGCCUACUCGCUUAUACCCAUCAUUGCCAAGGGCCACGUGUUUGGGGAGGAUCAGUCAGUAAUCCUCCACCUGCUGGAACUACCGAGGAUGAUGAGCGUCUUAAACGGCGUUGUCAUGGAGCUGGUAGAUGGCGCCUACCCUCUCCUAAAGGAGGUGAUUGCCACAGAUGAAGAGAAGACAGCUUUCGCAGGAAUCGACGUGGCCUUCUUAGUGGGCUCAAUGCCUCGGAAGUCCGGCAUGGAUCGCAGAGACCUGCUGACCGCUAACGCCAAGAUCUUCCAGAGCAACGGGCAUGCGCUCGAUCAAUAUGCCAAGAAGUCUGUCAAGGUUCUGGUGGUGGGUAACCCGGCGAACACGAAUGCGCUCAUCUGCUCCAAGUACGCGCCGUCUAUUCCCGCGGCGAACAUCUCAGCCAUGACGCGCCUCGACCACAACAGGGCCCAGGCACAGAUUGCCCUAAAGCUGAAGGUGCCAAGUUCUGACGUGCGGAACGUGAUCAUCUGGGGCAACCACUCGUCCACACAGUUACCGGACGCCAGUCACGCCUUCGUGAACGUGGGCGGCCGGAACGUCAGAGUCACCGAUGCCAUCAACGAUGACGGCUACGUCCAGGGCGAGUUUCUCUCCACUGUGCAGAAGCGCGGUCACGCUGUGAUUGAGGCGCGCAAGCUGUCCAGCGCCAUGUCGGCUGCUAAAGCUGCGGCCGACCACAUGCACGACUGGUGGCAUGGUACUCCCGAGGGUCAUUGGGUGUCCAUGGCGGUGCUGAGUGACGGCUCGUACGAAUCGCCAGCCGACGUGAUGUUCAGCUUCCCGGUGCACAUCGACCCCCAGCGGCACUGGCGCAUCGUGGACGGACUGUCCAUGUCCGACUUUGUCCGCCAGAAGAUCCAGGCCACCGGCAAAGAACUCGUCGAGGAACGAAACGAAGCCUUGGCCUUCUGCAAGGAGUGACGGGCCGCCGCACUUGUGAUCGAGCCCAGGAUACGGGAACUCGUACCAAGAAAAGCUCUCGUUUUUCUUCAGUUUCAUCGGGCCUAACGGGUUGCCGUCUUACCAGUCCUCGUUCGCAGUUGUCCCACUCCCUCAGGACGCUGGGCAUUUUGCGACUGCCUGCCCUUCGACAGCAGCACGACAGUCCACGAAUGCGUACAUUUCCAGGUGUUCUGGCGACUGAGAAUAAAUGUACGAGCGCGAAUA